AUGAACAGACAGCGUAGAAUUAGAUUCAGUGCACUGAGAGCCAAAAGUUCUAAACAGGAAGUAAAGGUUUUUCAAUACAACCUUGACAACAAACGCCAGUUUACACCAAACCAAGCAGUUUUUGUGCGUAAUUUUGGCAAAGGAGCCAAAUGGAUUCCAGGAACCAUAUUUGGAACAGUCAGUCCCCGGAAUUUUGAGGUUCAGGUCGGAGACAUUAUCUGGAAACGACAUGAAGAACAAUUACGUCCACGAUUCAUACCUUCCACACUAGGGUCAGAGUUAGUUCGUGCGCCCCAGCUACCUGAGCAAACUGAACGGUUGACCCCAGUAGUGAGGGAAAGGCCUAUUACAACACCAACCCUUUCACAGCCUAAAGAGGCUACACUUGUACUUGACACUCCAGCCUUGAAUAGCAUGGCUGAUGCUUUUUCUUCACCACAGGACUCAUCUGUGCGAGAUUCAGAACUUCAAGCAUCAGCGCCUGAGCAAACAGAACGGAGAUACCCUCUCAGAGAGCGUAAACCGCCUCAGAGGUUCUACUAG